UGAGAAAAUGGAGAAAAGGGGAGUCCAACAAUCACAUUUACGUCAACCGCGCGACGUGGGCGUGAAGCAGAGAGAGUAAAAAAAGCGAGGCAUCACCGCCCUCGCUUUACGGGGUGCACCACUUCCCUCCUCUGUGCCUCAAUGUGCGCGCAGAACAGAGGAAGAUUCCGUGAAUCACUGCUCCAAGUUGACAGUAAUGUUCAAUGUUGGGUCUUGGCGAUAAUUUUUCCUCCCAACAAUUUAAGAUCGGUAGGCUAUACCCCAAUGGUUUUACACCACGUAGGAUGGGAUUAACAUUGACGGGCAGAUAUAUCUUGUUGUUUCUUGCUGUCCAGAUAGCGUAUCUACUGCAGGCAGUAAGGGCAGCAGGGAAAUGUGAAACAGUAUUCAAAGGCUUCUCUGAUUGCCUUCUUGAACUUGGAGAAAAUAUGGCCAACUAUCCACAGGAGUUGGACGAGAAGCAGAAUAUCCAGACCAUCUGCGGAUACUGGGAUGGUUUCCAUUCGUGUGCUACAACUGCGCUUGCAGACUGCCAAGAGGGAGCGACAGAUCUCUGGGAGAAGCUUAAAAAGCAGUCAAGAAAUCUGGAGUACCCAGGAAAUAUGUUUGAACUCUGCGGUGGCGGGAAUGGCGCGUCUACAUCACCCGUACCGUUUGGCCUUGCUAUGCUUCUAACGGCCUUUUCUACUCUGGUGACAUGGCUUGCGUUUUAACCCCCACCCCACCCCAUCUCCCAAACAAAUAAAGAGAAGAAAACAGAAUAAACACACAAGAGAAUAAAUUCAACAUACAAAACAGUAAAAACGAGUAAAACAUCCAUCUUGGAAAAUCGCUGAUGAAAAGACACAGGCCUACACGCAAAUGGAUAUCUAUGUCUUGCAGACGUGACGGCUGGAUUUGCGUUACAACAGCGCGCUGUCUUCAUUGAAUAGCCUACUCCAGCAUAUUUGCAUCAUUUGCAGAGCGGAAAAAAGGAGCAGAGUAACAAUAUGGGCACACAGCCUUAUAAAAUAUUCACCGAGUAUUGAGCUCAAAUGAUUGCAUUUUUGAUAGCCUUUGCUCGCACUCUCGUGGAAUCAACACCAAACCUACAAUAGCAUAUUCUAUCAUUCUUGCAAGUCAUGACCAGCUUCGUCAUCGGGAGUCUAAUAGUCCAUUUGAAAUAAAACAUGAAAUGACACAAAUAAAUGUACUAUAAUUCAGACCAGCAUUUUGCUUUAGGUCAACCUCUGUAUCCAUCCCUUUGGAUUUCUCAAAAUAUUAAUUUAUCAAAUGUUGGGUUCUGUAAAGCCAAAUAGGCUAUAAAUGGACUAGAUGUUUUGAAGAUAUGAUGCAUGUAGGGCCAGGCUACUUGAUGUCAUAAGUAGAGAAAACCUAACAUUCUUAGACCUGACAAUCUCAGGAAGGACAGUAUUCGCACGAUGAAGGGACAGAGAAAGCUAGCUCACUCUCCAUCAGCACGAUGAAGGAAUACUGGUGAGGGAAUUAGGCUCUGUGUCACGAGGAUGAUUAGUCAACCCUUAUAAAAAAAUACCUUCAAAUUAUCGGGUAGCCUAUAUAGAAAACCAGACGUGGGCAGCUUAUGACAUUUAUCUGACCAUUUAUUGUAAUACCAUCUUUCAGAAAAAAAAACUGAGGGUAACCUUAUUUGAUUGUAUAAUAUUAUACUAGCUUACUUUCCAAAAGUACCGUAGCACGACAGUAUCCAGACCUCAGCAAAUUAGAUGACAGAAAAAUGCUGGCUAUAUUGAUGUUGCCAAGGCAUAGAUGACGUUACACUACCUUCAGAAGAGAUGUGUAUUUUGUUUGUAUUUUCGUCCAUUUUGUUUCAUGGGAUGUUGCAUAAAAUAGCCUACAUGAAUAUUUAAAAAAAGAAUGAUGAGAAUGUAUGUGAAAUGAAUUUAAGAGAGAUUCUUUAAAAAAAGAUUUUAAAAACAGUCAUUAGGUAAUACCCUAGACAUAUGCAGGUAGUCUAUAAAAUCAGAUUCCUAAAAUAAAUGAAAUAAAACUUA